CGCAAAAAUGAAACAGGAAAACGGAAACGAGUCAACCCCGUCGAACGGCGGCUCGAGUGAACCCGAGUACAUGCGUAAGCUAUUCAUCGGCGGCCUCGAUUAUAAAACGAACGAGGUCACUCUCAAGGAGUACUACUCGAAAUGGGGUGAAAUCAUGGAUUGUGUGGUCAUGACAGACCCGUACUCGAAGCGUUCACGGGGAUUUGGUUUCGUAACUUACGCUGAUUCUCAAAUGGUGGAUCAGGCCAUGGCUCAGAGACCGCAUAUAAUCGAUAAUAGGACCGUUGAGCCCAAAAGAGCGAUUCCGAGAGAGCAGUCUUCGGGUGAUACGAACAUGUCGGUGAAGAAGCUCUUUGUCGGCGGCCUCUCGACAGAAACUGAAGCUGAAGACCUACGAAAUUACUUCGGGAAAUAUGGCUCAAUCGAAGAAGUCAUCAUAGCCACCGAGAGGGACACGGGACGCAAGAGAGGUUUCGGUUUCGUAACCUUCGACGAUUACGACUCUGUGGACAAAGUGGUUCUACAACGACACCACAUGAUUAAGGGAAAAAGGACUGAAGUGAAGAAGGCCUUGAGCAAAAUCGAAAUGGAGAAAGCGAAGAGGAAAGACUCCUUCAUGGGACCACCUCAUAAUUCUGGACCGAGUCACCAUUACCGCGGCCCCCCUGCACCCCCUCCUCAUAGAGGCGGAUAUUCGUCACGCGGCUACGGCGACUCGGAUGAUUGGCCCGGAUACGCUUGGGGGGGACAACCCCAAUCUCAGGGAGGUCCCCAGACGAACGCUUUCCCAAGCUACUCCACGGACAGCUACUCAGGUUGGGGGGGAAAUUCCAAUGAGUACCCGCAGGGAUAUCAGAGCUAUCAGCCACUCUACGGGUACGGGGAAAACUCAGGGGGUGGUUCCGGCGCUCCAGGACCCUUCCGAGGAGGGGGCUACAGUUCGAGCGCUCGGGCUGCCGCGUCUCCGUAUGGGGGUGAGUACCCCAGGGCUGCGACUAGGAGUCAGUAUUAGGACCAAGAUGGGGUAGGAUGGUGGUGCUGUCAACGGAAACGGGUCGUUGCCUAGGAUUGGUCGGGACACGAUGCAACAGCCACAGCAACCAGUACA